GGUGUUUGUCAAUAGGAGUGUACCAUUGGAGAACAUCAAAUGCUAUGGCUUUGACAUGGACUACACUCUGGCAGAGUGGUGUGUCGUACACAUCGAUUCAGAUGUGUACGACAGUGUUCCAGUUCCCGCCAAUAUCCAGCAACUUCACACAGCCAUUGAAGAGGAGUGGGACAACAUUCCACAGGCCACAAUCAACAGCCUGAUCAACUGAUCAACGAAGGAGAUGUGUCCCGUUGCAUGACGUGAAUGGUGGUCCCACCAGAUACUGACUGGUUUUCUGAUCCACACCCCUAUUUGUUUUUAAGAGUACAAGUCUCCUGACUACGAGGACCUGGGCUUUGAGCUGCUCAGAGACAGGCUGGUGUCUAUAGGCUAUCCCCAUGAGCUACUGCAUUACACCUACGACCCUACCUUCCCCACACGGGGGACACUAUGCUGGAGAAACAUCUGACAUUUUAUCACUUCAUCAGCAGAUAGAGACCUCCUGCAGGGAUAGUUACCCCAAAGGCCUGGUAACAGUAGAAUAACAAGAUUGGUCAAAAUAGAGCAGCAAUAAAAAGUAACCUGAUGAUACUAUCAAGAGCAGCCACAAAUCUAAAAGAUAUCAUCUAUCCCUCUCCCAUCCAUUCCUCUCUCUGCUUGUCUCUGCAUAACCAUAUUCACCCCUGGCUCUCUCUUCCUCCUUUUCAUCCCAAUCUCUCCUCCCUCCUUAGCGGCCUGGUGUUUGACACAAUGUAUGGUAACUUGCUGAAGGUGGACUCCAAUGGAAACAUUCUGCUGUGCAGUCAUGGUUUCACCUUUCUAAAAAGGGACAAGAUCCAAGACUACUACCCCAACAACUUCAUUCAGAGAGGCAACACUGACCGCUUCUAUAUCCUCAAUACUCUCUUCAACCUUUCAGAGACGUAUCUGGAUGGCUGCCUUGUGGACCUCUUCACCAGAUGCAGCAGAUACGAAAACUGCCAGAAAGGCUUCAAACAUGGUGACUUGUUCAUGUCCUUCAGAAGCAUGUUCCAGGAUGUUCGAGAUGCAAUGGACUAUGUUCAUGAUACGGGCAGUCUGAAGGAAAGCACUCUGAGGAAUUUGGAUAAAUAUGUUGUCAGAGACGUAAACUUGCCUGUUCUCCUGACUCGUAUUAAGGAGGUGGCCAAAGUGUUCCUGGCGACCAACAGUGAUUACAACUACACAGAGGCUAUCAUGAAAUACUUGCUUGAAACUCCACCAGGUGCCAAGUACCCCAAAAAACCGUGGCGCACCUUCUUUGACCUUGUCGUCGUGGAUACCAGGAAGCCACUGUUCUUUGCCGAGGGAACUGUGCUGAGACAAGUGGACACGAACACAGGGAAGCUCCGUAUUGGAACAUACACUGGAGAACUCCAGCAUGGAACUGUCUACUCUGGCGGCUCCUCAGACAUUGUAUGUGAACUGCUGGAUGUGAAGGGGAAGGACAUUCUCUAUGUGGGUGACCACAUCUUUGGGGACAUCCUAAAGUCUAAGAAGAGGCAAGGUUGGAAGACCUUCCUGGUGGUGCCUGAGCUGGCCAAAGAGCUGCAGGUGUGGACAGAGAAGAACCAUCUCUUUGAAGAGCUAAAGCAUCUUGAUAUAUUUUUAGCUGAGUUGUACAAGCACCUGGACAGUAGCUGUAGAGAGUGCCCAGACAUCACUGCCAUUCAGACACGGAUGAAGGUGGUGACCUAUAGGAUGGAUCUGUCCUAUGGGCAGAUGGGCAGCCUGCUGCGGAGUGGCUCCAGACAGACUCUGUUUGCCAGCCAACUCAUGCGUUACGCAGACCUGUACUCUUCCACCUGCAUCAACUUGCUCCACUACCCCUUCAGUUACCUGUUCAGAGCCCCACCUGUCCUGAUGCCCCAUGAGUCCUCGGGGGAUAAUCACCCCCUUGACUUCCCUUCACCUGAGUUCUCUGUUCUGGAUCAAAUCCAGAAGAUAGCCGAAGCCAAGAGGGCGAGUGAGGAUAACACAGCGGAACUGAAAGACACGUGAGGAUGUAUUUGACAAAACAAUUAUUCCGUUUUGACAUGACUGUUCCUCCAGAUCAAAAAAAAAAGUGUGUGUUUUUUGGACUGGCAAUUUCUUUGGCACAAUAUGAUAAAUAUAGCGCCACCUGCUGGAAUACAGUUUUAUAAGUCGUUUUUUAUCAAUCACCCCUGUAUUUUCCCCAUGUGAUCAGAUUGCCAAGGGUUAGGGAAAAGACCAUUUGGAUAGACACUGAUUCUAGGUUCAUGUAUAUAAGUUAAUAUUUGUCUUAAUAAUAUAUGUAUUUUUUAUGUAUCUAUUGAGCUACAGUACUUUUACACGUCCUAUAUGCAAUACUGAUUUUGUUCCCUGUGCAAAUGUAUAUUAACUCCACUGAGCAUGUAAACUGAAACAUGCUCAGUGACCAUUUAUUAAAUGCUACUCGUUUGUGGUGAAUUAUUA